AUGCGAUUAUAUCAGUUAUGCUUGAUCAUCCAGAUUUGCAAAUAUAUUGCUGGAAAAUCUUCAAAACUGUUCGAUGACGAAGCCUACAGUUCUAAACUUACAGCGACAGCUGAUCAAUUUAUAUUGUCAAAUGAUAAUUUGGAUGAGGAACAGAUAAGGCAAAUUUAUCACGUUAUUAUAAAUCCACCUCCAUUUGAAACCGCUAUACAGCGUCAACGAAGUGUUGCUGAAGAAUAUGCAAAUAAAGGUUAAAGUGAGUGGAAAAUGAAAGAAACUGAUGUUUACAAAACGUGUAGUUUAAAGGAAGUGUUUAACCCACGAGUUGGUUGGGGUGGGUGGGAGCCAAUGCAUUUCUGUGUUGGACUUAGCGCUACCACCAUCGUUUCGCCAUAG